UUUAUCCCCUAAUUCAGCGCUAUAAAAGGUAACCGGGAUCCGCUUCUCUUCCCCCGGGGAGGAGGAGGACGAAGCCAUGGAGGGAGGAGGAUCCGAGGAGGAGGAAUCGAGAUCGGCGGCGUCAGAGUUGCCGGCGGGGCUCGCGUCAGAGUUGCCGGCGGGGCUCACGGCGGAGGAGCAGGAGGUGCUCCGGCCGACGAUCGAGGAGCACCACCGCUACAGGGUGGGCCUGGGCCAAUGCUCCUCGCUGCUAACCCAGAGGAUCCACGCCCCGGCCGCCACUGUCUGGUCAGUCGUACGCCGCUUCGACCGGCCCCAGAUCUACAAACACUUCAUCCGGAGCUGCGCCAUCAAGGGCGACGGCGACGUUCGGGUCGGCUGCCUCCGCGAGCUCUGCGUCAUAUCCGGCCUCCCGGCGACCACCAGCACCGAGCGGCUAGACGUGCUCGACGAGGACCGCCGGGUCACCGGGUUCAGCAUCAUCGGGGGCGAGCACCGCCUCCGGAACUACCGGUCGGUGACGACGGUGACCGAGUUCUGCCGCCCGGGGGGCGAGAUCUGGACGGUGGUGCUGGAAUCGUACGUCGUGGACGUGCCGGAGGGGAACACCGUGGACGACACCCGGCUCUUCGCCGACACCGUGGUCCGCCUCAACCUCCAGAAGCUCGCCUCCGUCGCGGAGGCGAUGGCGGCCGCGGCCGCGGAGGUGGAGGCGUCGGCGGCGACCGCCGAUCCGGAGAAGGGGAAGUGAUCCCAGAUCCCUCCGCCCUCCCCGCGGAAAAAAAAAAAAAAAAAAUUAGGUCCGCUUUCUAGCUUCUGUUUUCGUGGUUUGUGAUGUAAUAAUGUCGUAAUUUAGUGGAUGAAAAUACGGAAACAUCCCUAAUCUCUCGUUAACUACGGAGACAACCCUUCCGUUUCUGCAGGGAUAUCUGUCUAUUUUCUCUCCAAUGAGGGACGUUUUUGUAAUUUCGCCUUUUCUCUUUUGUUUUCUGCUUCUGUGCGAAUUUAAUUCUUUUCGCUCAAAAAAAUUUUGGAGGGCGAGUGCUGGCCCACGUCAGAUUCGAACAGAUGGCUGAACAGCGGCGGAGGAGACGGCAGCUCCUGCGGUUUAAUAAAUUCUUUUCAGCUUUCCGAGAGAAAAUUGAAGGGUUUGCGAAGGAGCCGUUCGUGGGGCUUUAUGCUGUUGUCGCCGUGCUGCCACGGGCAUUUGGACCGGUACUUUUUGUGGUGGUUGAGAAAUGGGGGGCUUUCCCCUUCUCAGAGCCGAGGAAAUAGUGAGAAGGGAGCAAAACUUACCGUCUCUUUCCAUU